AUGACGCAAUCCACUUUACAAGGAGACGUACGAGACGAUGGCCGUGCAGGGGCAUUGUCAAGACUCAAACACACGAAUGACAGACUGAAAGUUGAUAUGGUCGAACCGAUACGUGAAGCUGAAGCGGAAUGGGCUCAAGUCUUUUCAGCUGGAGAUAGCACGCGAAGCUUUGUGGAAGCUGAGGUGAUUUCGGCUAUUGAAUAUGAUCGGUCGGGAGACUUUCUUGCAACCGGAAACAAAGGUGGACGAAUCGCCAUUUACUGUCGCCAUGGAAACCCAACAUCGAACCAAAACAUGUACAGCGGAACAACUGACCCACAAUACCAGCUGUACACGGAGUAUCAGAGCCACAAUGCUGAAUUUGACUACCUGAAGAGUCUAGAAAUUGAAGAAAAGAUUAACCAGAUCAAGUGGUGCCGAUCAUCCAACGGGUCGCAGUGUCUAUUGUCCACUAAUGACAAGACCAUUAAACUAUGGAAGGUGCACGAGCGUAGUGUCUGUGAAGUCACGACGUACAAUGGACAGGAACUCGCUCAUGUUCCACGAGAACAAUUAACACCAGAGCUUAUUCGACUACCACAGGCCCAUGUGCGUGGACAAGUAACGACAUCUACUGCCAAGAAGAUUUACGCUAAUGCGCACACGUACCACAUCAACUCGAUUGCUAUCAACAGCGACGGUGAGACGUUCAUGUCCGCGGACGACCUUCGUGUGAAUUUGUGGAGCCUUGGCAUCUCGAAUCAAAGUUUCAAUAUCGUGGACAUUAAGCCAGCAAACAUGGAGGAGCUUACCGAGGUCAUCACAGCCGCGGAUUUUCAUCCAACACACUGCAGCACGAUGAUGUAUAGCACCAGUCGUGGUGCUAUCAAGCUAGGGGACAUGCGGCAGGCUGCAUUGUGCGACUCAUACUCUCAAGUGUUCGAAGAGCAAGAAGACCCUGAAGCACGAAGCUUCUUUUCUGAGAUUAUCGCAUCCAUUUCAGACAUCAAAUUUUCUCCCGAUGGCCGAUACAUUAUCGCGCGCGAUUUCCUCACACUGAAGGUCUGGGACAUCAACAUGAACUCACGUCCAGUUCAAACGAUCAAUAUUCACGAGCACCUACGUCCACGGCUAGGUGAUCUGUAUGAGAGCGACUGUAUCUUCGAUAAGUUCGAGUGUGCGAUUAGCGGAGACGGUAAUAACUUUAUCACGGGCUCGUACAACAGCGAGUUCCAUAUUUAUGACCGCUACGGGCGCGCUGAUAUUUCCAUUACUCCGCGUACUGCGCGAGUGAGUCGCCGCCACUCCAUGCCCCAGCGUGGUCUUGCGCAGCAGAUUGCCGCCAUGCCUGCUCCGGGCAAUCCGGAUGCAUUGGAUUUCUCAAAGAAGAUCUUGCAGACUAGCUGGCACCCGUCAUUGGGUGAAGUCGCUGUAUCCAUUCGCAACAGCCUCUUUGUGUAUGCCGCCUAG